AUGGAACCCCGCCCCCCCAGCACUCGGCCGAUCGAUCUCCUUGCAGGUCGUGAGGAUAUCCAGUUCUUACACCCAGGAUACCCUCACCCAACUAAUCUCCUUCUCAAACUCCCACGACUCGAUCAAGCUGAGCCUACAGAAUUCGGUGUCCAUCAUGCAACAGCUCUACUCGCCUGUCAGCUCAUCGCUGCAAAUCAGUUCACUGGCUAUCUUAUAGAUGAGCACCAAGAGCCUGUCACCCAAGAUGUUGUUGUUCUAUUAGGUCGGAAAUACUUCUUUGUUGUGAAUGGCGACGAUCAAUAUCCAGUCGUACCAAGUUUCAACGACUGGCAAUUCCCCCACGACAACCAACCAAGCUGGCCACCGAUCCCAAGUACACCUAUAGCCACAGAUGCGUGCUGUAUCACUGCAAACUUGCAUGCUUUGGAAAAGGCUUAUAUCAUUCCAAGAGAGGCCCAGCCAUGGUAUUCAGAGAAUGGAAUGAUGGCCUACUCAACGACAGUCUUGGGCAUUGAUGAUCCAGACAAUCUUCUCCCCAUGCGCUCUGACAUCCAUUGCAUCUUUGAUGAUCGAUGGUUUGUUAUUGUCCCUAAGCAUAACGACUAUCGGGUUUAUUGUAUCGACAGGCGAGCUGGAGCUCUUGACAUCCAUAAUAUCCCACUUCAAGGCUUACGGGGAAAUAUACGACCACUUCUCCUGGCUCGGUUUGCAUGGGCUAUACUUCUACAAGUCAAAUUAUUCAUUACAUUAGGCCAUACUCGAAAGGUGAAAAUCUUCAAUCAUUCAGACUGCAAGUGGGAGACAUUGGAAAUGUCAGGGGUGGACUUACGCGCCCGAUACAGCGGUGGAGGAUCAAAAGCUUCAAGCCCGGCAGCCACUCGAUCGAAGAGACCUUACCAAGCUACAACUAUGGACAGGGAUGACUGGGAUAGGGAUGACUGGGAUACAGUAUCAAAUGAGAGACGUAUCCAAAACUGGAUUGGCGAGACAGCAGUAGAGCAAGAACUAGAAGCCUCUGUCUCAGAGUUGGUACGAGGGGUUUACCCGGUCGAGAAGACCCGGCUGGCUUCCGACAGCAGAAUUAUCAUCGACUAG